AUGUCUCGUUCUCUUGACGAAUUCUUGAGCAAGCAUGGUCUCAAAAUCACCCCAAAUCCCAUUUCUCAUAGAACAAUAACCACAACUCGUUCAUUUCGAGCAGGGACGACUAUUAUAAAAUCAUAUCCAUUAGCUGCAUUUCCACUUCCAAUAUAUGAGAAAGAAUUGUGCAAUCAAUGUUUGAAAAAUACAAAGCUUCAGGCCUGUUCUGCAUGCAAAAAAGCAUUCUACUGUAGCUCGAUUUGCCAGAAACAAGCUUGGUUUACACAACAUAAGUUUACUUGUAAAAAACGGCUACCACUUAAAUAUGAAAACAUAGUUGAAGGCGCUGAAUUAGAUGAAGAAAUGCUUCGACGUGUUGCAUUGCUUAUUUCGCCGCAUCGAAGUGGUAACAAUGGUCUUGGUGAUUCUAAACUCAAUGGACUGUAUGACAUUUUGCCAAAAGAAAUGAAUAUUUCCCUACUUAUUGAAGUUUUUGAGGCAUUACAAUCGCAUAAAGAAUCCCAUCCUCCUUAUGCACUGUUUCGUUACGAAAGCAUUGCAUCAUUAGUCGUUGAGAAUAGCAAUAGCAAAGCAUCAAAAGACAUUGAUAAAUUAGUAAGUUACUUGUGUAUAUUCGGGUGCAAUAAUUUCACGAUUCACGAUGAACAGAUGUUUGGAAUUGGGGAAGGCACAUAUCCAAUUGGGUCAUUGUUCAAUCACAGUUGUCAUCCCAAUGCUGUUGUCAUGUACGAUGGUGUUGUUCAAAUUGUUAAGUGUAUUGAAGACAUUGAUGCGGGCGAUGAAAUUACAAUUGCUUAUCUCGAUGUAGUUCACCCGAGAAGAAAGAGACGUGAAAUUUUGAGGGAAAAGUAUUUUUUCAAUUGUCAUUGUAGGAAAUGUGGUGAUGACGAUAAAAUAAUAGUUGUCGCAUCAUUAUUUUAUGAAUUAGAGAAGAAACAAGAAUGGAAUGAGGCUGCCAAAGUUGGAAAAAUUGUUCUGGCGAUAUAUUUGAUCGCGUAUCCUCGAUUUCAUCCAAUGAUUGGAUGGCAAUUAUUCCGAUUGGGACAAUGUAUGAGUCAAUGUGUUAAAGAUGACGUUGACAGAGGAGGAAAAACGAGAGAAGAAACGUUAAUCAUUUUGAAACAUGCUAAACGUGUUUUAGCAAUAACUUUUGGCACGGAAAUUGAGAAUCGUGAGGUUGAAAAUGAGAUUCAUUUGUUGAUAUUGCAAAUGACAAAACUGCAAUUUCAAUAG